UUGGUAGAAGCCAGCCCUAUCUGCCUCAGGGGUCAGAAGAAUAGAGAACAACAUGUGACAAUCAGUGCUCCACAGUCGACAGGAUGCUUCGAUUUCCUCAGACCUUGGCUCUCUUCUUUUGGUAUUAUUUGUUACUUCACAAUCGAGCUCUGGCUGAUGAAGAGGCCACUGGAGAGGAGAAAUCUGGCAUUUACUCGUGGUUUCCAUCCAUACCCAAGCUCCCAUCCAUACCCAAGCUCCCAUCCCUACCCAAGCUCCCAUCCCUACCCUCAUUUGGCCUUUUCGGAAGCUCAAAUGGCAUAAAUGAAGAUGCUGUCUCAACAACAACUGCCAAAGGGAUGAGGGAACUAACAAGUCCUUUUCAAGACCAAGCUGCAUCGGGAGAAGAGAGCAAUUUUGAGCAAUCCCAAGAAAUCACAACAUUGACUCAAAGCCUCUUUAUGAGUGUGACAGAGAUAAGAACUGAACCACUUCCCACUAGGACAUCAGAUUUGCCACACAGAGGCACAGCUCAGAGAAUAAGUGAAGCUAUUGUUUCUCCCACCAGCAGUUUUAUCAUAAACACAUUGUUCACCAAGAGUCCACACAGAACUAACCCUUCAGUACAGAACAAAACACAUAAUCUAACAUCAUGGAGAUCUACCACAAUUGGAAAUCCUAGUAAAGAUGACCCCGAAAAUCCACUUUCAGAUGACGUAAAAGUAGAUCAGGAAGUUUACUUUACAAAAAGCAUUCCUUCAACAGUCCCUCCAGAAACUACAGUUCCUACAGCCCUGACGUGGAACACAGUCCAAACAACAACACCCAACCCCGGACUAGUGGAGACUGCUCAGACCAGCACACACCCUCAGGGGCAUAUUACACUUCCCACCAUUUCAAGAAUGAAUGUUGUUGCAAAAAAAGAAGAUUUAGCUGUUAGUGUCGCCGUAUACUCAUUAGAAGGAACAUCUGAAAUUUACCCCACAAAGGGUCACUCAAACAUAGGCAUUUCUGAGAGGAGUCUGGUCAAUACUGAGCAGCAGCCAGUGGUCUUUUCUUCCAUGCCAAGGAUGGAUCCGGCUGUGGCAGAAGUCACAACAGAAAUUCACCCCACUCAAAACUCUUUAGAAAUGGAUUUCUCAGGCACCAGUAUGGUGACUGCUGGACAAAUGUCAGAAGUAUUCCCUGCUGCUCUCAGGACUGAUCAUAACUUAGUAGUUCAGGACACAACAUCAGAAAUGUAUCCAACAAAAGGCCUUUUAGAAUUGGAAUUUUCUGAUAACAUUAUCCAGAGUUCCCAACAACAGCCAAGAGUAUUGCCUACCAUAUCAAGGAUUGAUCAUAACUUGGAAAAGGAUGAGAAAACACCAGGCAUAUACUACACACAACGCCAUUUAGACUUGGACUUCUCCGAGACCAGUACAGUAAAUGCUAAACAAGGUCCAGGACUCUUUUCUUCCACCGUUAGGAGGAAUCCUAAUUUAGACGUGGAGAGCACAACACAGGAAAUCCAGACUACCCAGAGCCAUUUCGACUUGGGCUCUUCUGAGAGGACAACAAUGAAUGCUGUACAACCUGGAAUAUUCUCUACUACCCUCUUGAUUGAUCAGAAUUUUGCUGUGGAGUCGAUACCAAGCACAACUCAAAGCCAUGGGACUAACAUUCCAAUUCCAGAGGACCUCCCAGGCAAAGAGACUAAGCAGGAAGAUGAAGGUGUGAUUACUUCAGCUACGGACAGAGAUACCCCCAUAAAUUUGACAGACCGUUCCACAUCAUCUGCUCAACAGCCAACAACAUCCACAUCACAGAACACAGGUAUUUCCUCUGAAUCUCCAUCUAUACGUCUGUAUGACGAAGAGUGGAUAUCUGACAUACCAAGCAGUGACAGCACCUUACUUCCUGACUGCAAUAAAGAAGGCUCUGGUAUCUGCAACCUCUCCUACACCUGGGAUGCCACUACUACCAUGAGCAUGAAGCCAACACAAAAUAUUACUGCCACAAAUCACUCAACCAACCCUUUUUUAAUCCCACCUGCACCAAUGCUAGUGCCCUUGUACACAGACUGGAACAGUGCCAUUGCGACCUGGGGCUUGGCAUGGGAGGCACAUGUCUACGGUGCAGGUGGAAUCUUUGCAGUGUUAACGCUUGCCUCUGCACUAAAUCUGCUUUGUUUGCCGCUGAGAUGUCCAUCAGGGUGCGGCUACUUUGCUUUGGUUAGCCUGUUCCUUCUAGCUGCUGGAUGCACAAGAUCAUUUUCUCUGCUGUAUGACGCCUAUGGUCACCAUGAUCGCAUAUCCUCCACAGAGGCCUCGCUCAUGCUGUACGAAGCACCUUUUCCCUGCCUUACUGCAGCUUUCGGUUUGGUUUUUCUUCUCCUCUCAAUGCGUUCAAGAAUGCAGCUCUCCUAUUCAGCCUUCCAGAGACCCUGUUUCCUAGCCUGCCUGGUCGUCUUGCACUUUGCUGCUGCAUUUGGUCCAGUGACUUUCUUAAAGUUCUACCAGCAAAAGCCUCCUUUGUGCCUCUUUCUGUCAUUGAUCUCUCGUGGAGCCUUUGUGGCACUCGCAACAUUUCUAUCUGCUGCCUAUUUUGUUUUCUAUGUCUAUGUCCGGGCUGACUCAAAGCACAUAUAUCAUUUAAACAACACAUCUCCAACACCUGCUGAACGCUACAACCGCUGCCCAUUUGCAGAGAGCAAAGACUGGAAUCGCGCAGCUGUAACAGUUUGCUUGUCAGCAUUGUUUUCUUUGGCAUGUGCAGGACUACAGUUAUAUGCAAUGCUUAAUGCUAUAGGUGUUAUAGGUGGAGAGGAAGUCUUUUAUCCUUGGCCCUGGUGGGCUUUUCAGUUUAGCUGUAGAAUAUGCGAGCUUGGCGUUUGUCUCACAUUAGCUUUGGUGGUUGCCCAACCAGUUUUUUGUUCCGAUCAGCUUCCAGCAGCUGGAAGUUGUUGGACUGAACUACUAGCAACCAAAUCCCCAAUCCUGCCUGGGACCUACCAGUGGACGCUCAGCCAGCAGGAGAAGCUUGCUAUCGUUGACACAGUUGGGCUUGGUGAGACAGAGAACCUUCCACUGUACACUUUGAUGGAUGAGAGGCUUGGUAGCAGCCUGAACGGCUUGGACCUACUCUACCAUAGCAACCGGGCUUUAGCCUAUCGAGACCUCGACUUGGAUUUAGGGUUACUGGGUUCCAAAAAACCUGAGGAUGUGGAAGGCAGAGAACCUUCAGGUGGAUCGUCAUUUACAAGCGACUCCACUGCAGACCUGCGGCCCCCUUCACCAAUCAACUUGCGGCGUAGCAUAGAUGAGGCACUCUUCAGCGAGGCAUUGUUUCCCAUGAGCCUCUUCAGCCCUGCUAAACCCAUUUGCUCCAGUGACACAUCUGUAAAAGACCAUUGGGCACUCUCCGGCAGUGGCCCAUGUGGUUCUCUCUUUACUGAAUCCAGUCUUUAUCGAACCUCAUCUUGCUUAGAAAUGACCUCUGACCCACAGUUCCCUUCCAACCAGUGUCAAGGUGUAGCCACAGGGGGUAUUCCAGUAUCUCCCUCCAUGGUCUCAUCCUCCAGUGGUUCAUCCCCUGAACAUUGGAAGGGUAGUUCCUCUUUUGCUGGCUCCUCCCUGGUUCUUUGCCCAAAUACUGAGAGACAUACACGGCAGCUUCCGCAGGAAGGAGGCUCAGAUAUGGCAUCCCAUAACCCACAGAAAAAAUACCAAGCCCUGGGAGCUGCCUCACAGGAAAGCCUAAACCUGUCAACUGAGACAGAUCGAUCUGUGCAGCAAGAAUUCAUCACAGUUUGCAGACAAAUGGAUUCUUUAAGCAUCUGCAGUGAGACUAUAGAUUUAUAAAAACAGACUGCUUUUUACAGCAAACCAACUGAAAUUUUAAAUGGUAUUUAAUAAUGCAUGUCAGCUUUACAUACAUUUAAAAAACUUUAUAUGCUAAAGUGUUUCAGGAGGCUUAAUGAUACUUUUUAAAUAUUGAGUGAAUGUUCCUGAUAGUCUAAGUGCCAAGACUGUCAAAAGCCAAGAGAAUAUUUGUACAUUUUACAUGUCUGAUAAAAGCAGAUGCUGUGUGUUAUAAUAAGGGUUAGUUUUACUAAGUGGAAAUACAACAAGAAGUUAUUUGUACAAAUGUUUUUAUGGCAUUCCAACAUUCCAGUAAGUUGUACUGUGACAGAUAUAGACUCUUAACUGCUACUGUUGUAAUAAGCUACAUAGGUCUCCAGUUAUUAUAGCUAAUCCUUAGUCUGGAUGUUUAAGUUUGUUAAGUUUUUUGUUUUUUUUCAAAACAUAAGCACCUCAUAACUACAUAUUUCUUAAAGUCAUAGCAGAUCGGUGCCCUCUGCUGGUAAAGUGCAGUAUAUCAAGCAUUUGUUUCAAUUCAUUGCUGUGAAUAUUGUGUGCCUAAUUACAGACCAGUUUUGUUUUUUGCUUUUUUUCCCCACACAGUUUUUUAUAUAAAUAAACAACUUUGAAUAUAUGAAAAUAUUAAAACAGAUCAUUGAAAAAAGGAGUUUAUUAAUCAAGGAAUACAGACUUUUCAAAACCAAAACAGCCCUUUGUGUGAUUGAAAAGAAAACCAUAUAACUGACCAUUCCUGGGGGAAACAGCUGCAGUCAAGCUUUUUCCCCCCCUUUUUUGAGCCUCUUAGGUGUGAAAUUGCUUGCUUGUUUCUGAUCACUGUUCUGAUAUACCUAAUGGAUCUUGAACCUAAGGCGAUAACCAAGUGGCUGGACUUUCACUUUUACAAUUUUCUGUUAGAGGGCCAAAUCCCCCUGUUCCACUAAUUAUGGCAAGCUGUAAAGUAGCAAGGCAAGCCCAGAUCAGCCUACUACCACCCAAAUGUUUGACUCGUGAAAUUAUGCACUAUAUAGUAGGUAAAAUAAGUGCUGAACACACCAUUUUUCUAAGGAAAUAUAUUUCUAGAGGUACUAUUGACAUAUUUUCAUCAGAUGUUGGUAACAAUCCAUGCAAUGCACACAUACAAAGAAAUCAAACCAUAGAUGUCCAGAAUGCAAGUUAUGUGUAAUAAAGGGAAAUUACACAGGGGAAAUGUAUUGAACUCACUUACUGAAAUUUAUUUAAUACUUUGCACAAAAGUCUUUGUUGGCAAUGUUAGCUUUAAGACUCCUGCAUUAUGGAGAAAUUUGUCGCACGCAUUGCUCAGGUGUGGUUAUGGCCCAUUCCUCCACACAAACAGUCUUCAAAUCUUGACGUUUUCAUGGGUCUCCUCUAUGAACUCUGAUCUUUAGGUCUUUUCAUAGAUUUCCUAUUGCCAGGUGAUUGGCUGCGCUAUUCUAGCAACCUUAUUUUCUCUCUCUGAAACCAACAGAGUUUCCUUGGCUGUGUUUGAAGUCAUCCUGUAGCUGAAAUGUACACCCACGUUUCAUCUUCAUCAUCCGGGUAGAUGGCAGCAGAUUUUUAUUUAGAAUGUCUCUGUACAUUUUUCCAUUCAUCCCUCCUUCACUUAUUUGAAGUUUGCCAGUACUACAUGCUGAAAAACAGGGCCAAACCAUAAUGUUCCCACCUACAAAACUACACUGUUGGUAUGGUGUAUUGUGGCAUUCAAAGAGAUAAAUUUAGGUCUCAUCUGACCAGACUAUAUCCUCCCAGUAUUUCACACGCUUGUCUAAAUGUUGUGCAGCAAACUUUGGCUCUUGGAAAACUCUUCUGAUAAAAUUCUUCCACUCCUCUGUCAGAAAUCUUGUGAGAAGCACCUGUUCAAGGUCGGUUUAUGGUGAAAUUAUGUUCUUUCCACUUUUGGAUUAUGGUCCCAAACGUGCUCACUGAAACAUUCAGAAGUUUAGAAAUCCUUCUGUAACCAAUGCCAUCAUUAUGAUUUGUAACAAUAGGGUUGCCAAGGUCUUAGAAAAAGCUCUUCACUUUUACUCAUCAUGAAAUGUUUCCUGUAUGAUAUAAGAGACACAUUUUUAUAGGCCAUCAUUUGGGACUUAACAACCUAAUUUUACUUUGCACUGACAAGGGACAGGAUUGCUUUUUAAUUACUGAGAGAUUUCGGCUGGUGUCUUUGCUUUCCAUGCUUUUUGCAACUCCCUUUCUUCAUGUUUUCAAUACUUUUCCCUGUGGCAUUCCACAUUAAUACACACAACUAAAUCACCGGACAUCUAUGGUUUGAUUUCUUUGUAUGUGUGGAUUGCAUGGAUUGUUACCAACAUCUGGUGAAAAUGUCAUAUCAACAGCUCCUCUAGAAACAUGUUUACAGAGAUAAAUGGUAGCAUGUACAUACUUAUUUUACCCGUUGUAUGUCAGAUGCAACAUGACCCACUUAAAUUGAUCAUAGUCUAUUUGGGCACUGGGCAAAAUUCUGCAUGUGGGUCAGUUCAAAUUUAAGUGAAAUAGUUGAGAACUUACAUAUAUCCAUAUAAUCAGUUGAAGACCUUUACUUUAUUGGUGUUCUUUCUUGGUUUAGGAGGCAGGAAAUACAAUAUCCAUCGUUUUCCAUUUCAACUGCCCCCUGGAGGUUGAAGUACUUUGAAACAUAAAAACAUGGUGUGUUAAAAAAAAAAGCUAUUAUAACAUGUGCUGCAAUCAAUUAACAAUGGCAAUAGGGAAAUUGGAGAAAGCAUCCAGUCUUACAAUCCUUGGGCAAGAAACUUAAAUAAGAAUCCUU